UUCCAAAACCCGUGUAGAUCCCGCCGCCAAGUUUGUUACCGAAACUUUUUUCGCCUCUUGCCAAAACAACAAUGUCUGCACCGAAUCAAGACAGGCGUUACAGACCCUGGCUAUCACAUUGUCUCAUAUCCAGGAUUAUUUAGGAAUUGAUUUACCACGCUGUGGAUUUUAUACAGUUCCCGACUGAGAUGCGUCAACUCAUGUGCCGGGUUGUCAUGGCACUUGUUGUCAUGGUCAUGAUGGUGGACGCCACAAGGAUCAGAAACAGAAGUACAAGAGCAAUUCUGAACGAGUUUAAAGUGAAGGAACGAGCGUGGAGGACAGCCUGUGAACGACACAACUGCACAUCGAAGAACCAAUGUCCAUAUUCGAAUGGUUGGCACAUUCUCGGGUCUGAUCCCGGCUGCUGCGGAAACUAUGGCGGCUGUUGCCAGCUCGCGUCGAUCGUCUGCUGGGUCCACGACCUCUUCUGUAGGUGCUGCGACUUCGGAGUCUUCAUCUGUGGUCCACUGUGUGAAAAAGACCCGGAUUGUCCCGUGGAAGAAGGCAGUGGAGAAAUCGACAUAAAGGAGAAUAUGACUGGAAUGUGAAGAACAGACGCAUACAGUAAAACGUAGUACGCUAAAUGUCAGCGAAGUCCUGUACAGCCGUUCGAACUAGCUUGCCUCGCAGUCCCUGAACCACAUUAUUUUCCCCUACUGCCUAGCCCUCCCUGCAAUGCUAAAGCCCUAAAUGCAGCAAGUCUAGAUUUCCUCAGGUUCUGAAUUUCCCAUCUCACUGUGGCUCCUUUUAAAUUUAAAUGUGUUCAUUUGUUACUAUUAUAUAUUCAGAGACUAAGUGUUACUUUUCCGUACGAGCCUGAACCCAAUGACGUAAAUACACGCGGUUAGCAGAUUGUUUCCUUUCCGUAUCUGGGCGGUGGGGUAGCCUAGUGGUUAAAACGUUGGCUCGUCACGCCGAAGACCCGGGUUCGAUUCUCAACAUGGGUACAAUGUGUGAAGCCCAUUUCUGGUGUCCCCCCGCCGUGAUCUUGCUGGAAUAUUGCUAAAAGCAGUGUAAAACUAAACACUCAUUUUCAGUUUCUUUUAAUGGGGACGAUUAGAAUAAGUGUGUGACAUGUUAGUACUCACAGCGUUUGACAUACAUGAAUAGUUAAAACAGCAACCCCUUUAAUCCGGAACCUCUCUAUUACGGCUGUUCAUAUGACCAUCCAUGACAUUUUCAGAUAGAUUACGUAACAGCAGUUAAGGAACACCCGAUUAUAUUCAUAAGCCCAUAGUUUGACUGUCGGUGCUGCUAUUGCAACACAGAGCCUUCCAGUUGUGGGUGUUCCUUUAACUUGUUUUAAUUAGGAUAUGUUGAUCUGAGCGACACUUCUGUGAAGGGCAUCAGAUCAAGGUCUCGAAUGACUGAGUUUCGAAACAUCUUUGAUAACGAUGUAUUUACCAACGAUAUAUGAAUAAUUGUUGGUGGUGUAUUUGAAAACUAUUUAACUAAAAUGAAUAAAUUAUUACGAACCA